AUGGCGUUCUUUCUUCGGCGCCCGUUCGCCGUUUCAUCGGCACUUCGCCAAGCUCCCAAGCUUUCCAACACUGCUCGCUUCAUUCACAAUUCUCCAUUAAAGCCUACCCAGGCAACCAAGCCUCAGCCCGGUGCUUCCUCGGUCUUCAACAAGUCCCGCCAGACCUUCCAAAAUGCCUUCCGCCGCACCUACAUGCAGCAGACCUUUAACACCCAGAGUGGUAGCAUGGGUCAGAAGCUGAUGUAUGGCGCCGCCAUCGUCGGUGGUACCGUCGUCGCUACCAACUUUAUCUUCAACCGUGAAACCCGUGAGGAUGGCGGUAUGCCCGAUUACGAACGAAGCUUCUUGAACGAAACUUUUAUGCACACUGGUCUUGGUCUUGGAAUUAUCGCUAUUGCUGCCCGCGCUCUGCACACUACUGGUUGGUCCUACCGUCUCAUGGCCAUGAACCCAUGGGCUGUCCUUGGUGUUGGUCUGGUUGGCAGCAUUGGUUCGAUGUACGGCACUUUCUACACCUCUCCGGAUAACUACGUCAUGAAGUACGGCUGCUGGACCCUGUUCAACCUUACACAGGCUGCACUCCUCUCCCCGCUGAUGUUCUACAACCCUGCUCUGCUCGCUCGUGCUGGUAUCUACACCGUUGGCCUGAUGGGCUCAAUUGCUUUUGUCGGUGCGACUGCCAAGCAGGAGAAGUACCUCUACCUAGGUGGCCCACUCCUUGCUGGUGUGGUCCUCGUUGCUAUCUCUGGACUCGCUCCCAUGGUUCUGCCCGCCACUGCUGCCCGCAGUCUGAUGUGGUCUGAGCGCAUCUGGCUGUACGGUGGACUGGCUGUCUUCGGUGGCUUCACCCUCUACGAUGUGCAGAAGGUCCUGCACCACGCUCGCCUGGCUCAGCGUGGUCUCAUCAAGCGUGAUGUUGUCAACGAGAGUGUCAGCCUCGAGCUGGACUUCAUUAACAUCUUUGUCCGUAUGGUCCAGAUCCUGGGCAUGCGCAACAACAACCGGAAAUAA